UGACAACAGAGCUGUGACUGGGAGGGCCGGCGAGUGCACGUGAGACCGAAGUUGGCCGGGUUAAACCUCUGCAGGGGGUUGGUAGGACCUGCCUCAGUCCUCCUUCCCUCCCCUUGCCUGCAUCUCCAUUGGUCAGAGGCAGAGAGAGCGUCGAAUCAAGAGAGCGCGCAGAUUCAAGCGAGAAAGAGCGCCUUCGAGAGGGAGGGAGAAAGUGGAUUCGAGCAACACAGCAGCUUUGGGAGAGCGUGGCUUCAGGAGACAGAGGGGAUUCAGGAAGGUGGAUUCGUCUCGCUAUCCUGACUCAUGGAGUGGAUGAACGAGUAGAGUGGAGAAGAGCUGGAGGAGACCGGAGAGAGUGGAAGAGAGAGGGAGAGAGCAACUUCCACAAAAACUUUGAGGCAAGCCGGCUAAUCUCCGUGGAGCAACACCAUGGGCUUGUUAAGUGUGGACCUCUUGAUCGGCCUGCAGAUCCUGCCCGGGUUCUUCUCCAACUGCCUGUUCCUGGCCGCCUAUGACUCAGUGCAGCUCAUUAAGCAGGUAGUGGGCCUGCUGAGUGGCUUUGGCCUGUCUUCAGGCCGGGCCGGGGGCCAGAGGAUGCUGACCCUGCCGGGCCUGCGCUCGGUUUGGCACUGUUUCCAGCUGGAUGCACGCAAGCAGGUGAAGCAGGGCGGAGCAGCCCCCAACUCGCGAGUGGUGCAGGUGGGCACGGAGGGCGGGGGGUCCUGCUGCCGGCUGCUGGACCUGGCCAGUCCGGGCCGCCCACUGGUGGUCAACUUCGGCUCGGCCACGUGACCCCCCUUCGUGGGCACCCUGCCCGACUUCUGCCGGCUGGCCGAGGAGUACGCCGGAGCGGCGGACUUCCUGGUGGUCUACAUUGGGGAGGCCCACCCCUCCGACGGCUGGGCUGCCUCCUCGCCCUUCCAGCUGCCGCGACACCGGUCACUGGCCGAGCGCCUCGCAGCCGCCUCCCUCCUCCUGCGCCAUUUCCGGCUGGACCCCUGGUGCCGGGUGGUGGCUGACUCCAUGGAGGAUGGGGCCAGCCAGGCCUACGGCGUGGCCUUUGAGCGCUUCUGCGUUGUGCAGGAUGGCAGGGUGGCACACCUCGGAGGGAUGGGACCCCUUUACUACAGCCUGGCUGGGGUUAGGAGCUGGCUGGAGCGGCGCCGAGGGGACAAGCAGUAA